AUGACAACAACAAUAAGCAAGCACGAGGUGCAGCAGCAACAGCAACAGCAGCAGCAGCAGCAGCAGCAGCAACAGCAACAACAGCACCAAAUGCAACAUUAUCAGCAGCUACCCAAUCCAGCUGCAGCUGAGCCUUCGGGUGGAUCAAAUGCCAUGCAGCAGCAAUUCGAUUCGCUUAACAACAAUGACAUCCCGGCUGCUACCGGCGACAAUCUGGAGGCAUGCUCGACCAAGGGCCAGAAGCGACGCUCCUUGCUCAAUUUCAAGUCCUUCGACUUUCACAUCAAGACGCUCUACAGCGGCCUGCGUACGCCGGGCGCUGCUGGCCACAAAACGGAGGCGCAAUGCCGCUCCGCCUCGUUGGGCGGCAACGCCAGCCUGGCUGUGGAUGCGACUGCCAACAGGCGCAUACCGCCGCAUCUGCGCAUCGAGUCCGUCGAUCCCGAUCCGCAGGGCCAGCCGGAGUCAGCGCAGCUGCUGCUCGACUAUUCGCAGUCACCAUUUACGCCGCGACACAACUCGGGCAGCCUGUUGCUGCCGACGAUGGAGACUUAUGGCGGCUGCUCCUCGCUGUCGCCGUACUAUCUGUCGCCCUAUAUGAUAGCCGGUAGCGGCGGGGGUCGUGCUGUUGGUGGUGCAGCAGCUGCGCAAGCGUCUGCCGAGGACGGCAACGCGAGCAUACGUCGCUCCUCCACCUCGGACAUUGUGUCCUGUCGACGACGCGGCUCAGCAAGCACCAACAGCAGUCGCAGGCCCAGCACCUCGGAUCUGUUGAGGCGAGCGCGUGAGCGCCGCGGUAGCGAGGCGCGCAUGGGACGCAGCGUAUCACACAGCGCCAUGCGCGGCGGUCUCGGUGGUGGCGGCGGUGGCGGGGCAGGCGGCAUGGGUGGCAGGCGGACGAGCAUGGCGUUCUAGAGACAGCAAUCACCAAAUCCCUGCAGAUCGAUUAAAUCAGCUGACAAAUGGCGCUUAUGAAUUUUUACUAACUAACACACACACACACACACAUACGUAGAUAUGCCUCAACAAGAAGAAGAACAACAUCUUUAAGUAAACAGUUUUCUUCCUGAACCGCAAAAUUGAAAACACUUUAAGUACUUAUAUGCAUAUAUUUACGACUAUGUAUACCUUAAAAAAAUAUGUAACACUCUAACAAAAC